AUGUCUGCUGCCAACACCAAGCCCACCACCACUGCCCCCUUCGGCAACCCCAGCAGCCCCGCCUACAACAGCGACUCGGACUCGGACGGCCAGGCUCGCGGCGGCCGUCGUGCCCUGGUCAACAGCAAUGACAGCAAGCAGCCUGGCUCGCACCUGCCUCCCCCGCCAUCCUCUGCCAACCUUGCACAGCCUGCUGGCCAACUGCUUAAGGGCGCAACGGAUGAGAACGGCAACCAGAAAUCGGCAGCGCUGCUCGUCGGUAUCAAGCUCGACUUGGAGGCGGAGAUUCACCUCACUGCGCGGGUGAGGGGUGACAUUUGCAUUGGCCUGUACUAG